CUCUCUCCCUCUCUCACUUUUCUAACAGGGAAAAAUGCAGAGCACGGCGCUUGCUCUGUCUCCGGUAACUCCAUUUCUCAGGCACCCAAAUAACAACUCUAACCCUCAAAUUAGAUUUAGAAUUAGUCCCGUUGCCUUGAAGCCUUUAGUUCCCUGUUUUAUCAAUGUACCUUCAGGUCUCUCUUUCGCUUCAAGCUUCAGUGCUCGGAUCUCUACAAGAUUAAUCCCUUCAAACGGAAGAUCUGAUUUUCCGGUCAGGGCAGCCUCAACUCCGGAAAAAGUAGAUGGGACUUCAAAUUCUAGUGCUUUGUCGCGAACAGUCCUGCUUGGAGCCAUGUUUGGACUUUGGUAUUUCUUGAACAUCUAUUUCAACAUUUUCAACAAACAGGUUCUUAAGGUGUAUCCAUACCCGGCUACAGUUACUGCUUUCCAAUUUGGUUGUGGAACUUUGAUGAUUGUCAUAAUGUGGACAUUUAAUCUCUACAAUAGACCAAAGCUCACUCGCUCUCAGCUUGCAGCCAUCGUACCGCUUGCUUUAGGGCACACAUUGGGCAACCUCCUGACCAACAUUAGUCUUGGCAAAGUUAAUGUCUCAUUCACACACACAAUCAAGGCAAUGGAACCAUUUUUCACUGUCUUGUUCUCGGUUCUGUUUCUUGGAGAGAUGCCUCAUUUCUGGGUUCUAGCUUCCCUCCUUCCAAUUGUAGGUGGAGUAGCACUCGCAUCAUUCACUGAGGCCUCUUUUAAUUGGACUGGUUUCUGCACUGCAAUGGCUUCCAAUGUGACAAACCAAUCGCGCAAUGUACUUAGUAAAAAAUUCAUGGGUAGGAAAGAGGAUACUUUGGAUAACAUUAAUCUCUUCUCUGUAAUAACCAUUAUUUCCUUCACCCUCUUGGUUCCUGCUGCAAUAUUUUUGGAUGGUGUUAAGUUCAGUCCUUCCUACCUCCAAUUUGCUGCAAGUCAAGGCUUGAAUGUUAGAGAGCUAUGCAUAAGAUCUCUCUUGGUUGGAAUUUGUUUCCACAGUUAUCAGCAGGUUUCUUAUAUGAUACUACAAAUGGUAUCACCAGUCACCCACUCAGUGGGAAACUGCGUGAAGCGGGUUGUGGUUAUUGUCUCUUCAAUUCUCUUCUUCCAAACACCAGUUUCCCCCAUUAAUUCCCUCGGAACUGCAGUAGCUCUUGCCGGAGUCUUCUUGUAUUCAAGAGCAAAGAGGAUCAGGCCUAAUCCAAAGGCUGCUUAAUUCCACAUUAAUUCAUCAAAACAAAAGAUGUUUGUACAUCUAAACCAUCCAAAAUAAAUUUGAAUUCCCAUCAUAUAUACUCUUCAUGCGUAUAUAUGUCUUUGCUAUUGUUGUCUAAUUCCAGACGUUUUACCUCCAUCUCAUAAGGAAAAUCAAAGAAAUAAAUAAAAAAUGAUGAU